AAUUUCAUAGCUAGCUAGUUCAUAAGUCAAGAAAAUAUAGAGCAAAAUGGACUACAUGAACAUUUUGGUAGGACUAUUAUUUGCUUAUUUUUUGGUGUAUGGAGUUGUUAUUUUUACACUUAGAAGAAGCAAAAGAGUUGCACCAGGUCCCUUUCCUUUGCCUAUCAUUGGAAAUCUUCAUUUGCUUGGUGACAAACCUCACAUAUCACUUACUCAACUCGCGAUAAAAUAUGGUCCAAUUAUGAAUCUAAAAUUGGGGCAAAUAAAUACAGUAGUCAUUUCCUCAUCAGUCUUGGCUAAACAAGUCAUGCAAAAGCAAGAUUUGAGCUUUUCCAGCAGAUCUGUUCCUGAUGCACUCUAUGCUUGCAAUCAGUCUGAUUUCUCUAUUGUUUGGUUACCUGUCAACUCUCAAUGGAGAACAUUUCGAAAGAUUAUGAACUCUCACAUCUUCUCAGGUCACAAUCUUGAUGUUAGUAAGCAUCUAAGAUCUGAAAAGGUCCAGCAGCUGAUUGACUACUGUCAUAAGAAUGGGCAAAAUUGUGAAGCAGUAAAUAUUGGAAGAGCAGCAUUUAGAACUACCUUAAAUCUGUUGUCCAACACCAUUUUCUCAAAAGAUUUAACUGAUCCAUUCUCUGAUUCUGCUAAGGAAUUUAAGGAUUUGGUGUGGAACAUCAUGGUUGAGGCUGGUGAACCCAAUUUAGUAGACUAUUUCCCCUUUCUCAGGAAAAUUGAUCCACAAGGUAGAAGGCGACGCAUGACAAAUCAUUUUACUAAGGUUCUUCAACUUAUGAGUGGUUUAAUUGAUGAGCGAUUAAACGAAAGAAAGAUGAGAAACCAUAUAAAUGGUGAUGUUUUAGAUUCACUUCUCAACAUUUGCCCUCAAGAAAUCGACAGGAAUCAUAUCGAGCAUCUCUUCUUGGUGGAUAUGUUUGUAGCAGGGAGCGAUACGACAUCAAAUACAUUGGAGUGGGCAAUGGCUGAACUACUCAAGAAUCCACAUACUUUGGAGAAAGCACAAGAAGAACUUGCACAAGUGAUUGGUAGAGGCAAACUAAUAGAUGAAGAUGAUGUUGCAAAAUUAUCUUACUUGAGGUGUGUCGUGAAAGAAACCUUUCGAAUACACCCACCAGUUCCAUUUUUAAUUCCACGCAAAACAGUGGAAGAUGUUGAGUUUUGUGGCUACAUUAUUCCAAAAGACUCGCAAAUUCUUGUGAACAUAUGGGCAAUAGGGAAUGACUAUAGUCUAUGGGAAGACCCUUUGGACUUUAAGCCGGAGAGGUUUUGGGAGUCAGAUAUAGAUGUUAGAGGUCGGGAUUUUGAGCUAAUUCCAUUUGACGCUGGUCGAAGAAUAUGCCCUGGAUUGCCUUUGGCUAUCAAGAUGGUUCCAGUAACACUAGGUUCAAUUCUAAAUACUUUUAAUUGGAAGCUCCAUGGUGGAAUUGAACCUAAAGAUUUGGACAUGGAGGAAAAAUUUGGUAUUACACUGGCAAAAGCUCAACCUCUGUUAGCUAUCCCUGUUCCACUAUAGAGGUUAGGACAAACUUAAGAUUUUAAGUUAGCAAAUUAAGAUUACAAUAGUAUCAGUGUUUCUUUGUAAUCUAGGUAGCUAUGCCCAUGCCAGACAUGGAUUCAAUGUUUAUGAACAAAUAACAAUAUCAUGUAUGUCAUAAACAAAAGGUAUUUAUGUACCAUCACAAUUUUAUCAUUAUACAAAGCUAAGAGCUUAAAGACACAAUGUGUUAUCACUCCUUAGUCCCAAGAGUUUGAAGACUCAAUAAACAAAUAAACGCACGUCCUACACAUGAUAAUUUAUGUCCUACAUGUAUUAUGUUACAUAAAAUUCAUAUGUCUACUUGUCUACCGCCAAAGUUGGAGGGCAUAAAUAUGAAAUGAUGUCAAGUUAAAGUGUA